AUGAAGAGAUUUCUUCUAGUUGUGAAUAUUUUAGCAUUAACCCUGACUUUUUUGACACCAGAGGUGCAAAAUCAGGCACAACUAUCAUGCCAUAAAAAUGAUGAAAGAUUAUCUGAUCAGAAAAGAACCCAACAAAUCCCAAUUCAUUAUGUGCUGAAUAACAAUCCUCUUUAUCAACCCAAUUACUAUCAACAUAGACAACCUGUAUCAAUUAACAAUCCAUACAUGCCUUACCCCUAUUAUGUAAUUAGCAAUCCAUAUAUGUCAUACCCAUAUUAUUCAAGGCUACUGGUAUUUGGCCCACAUGCCCAAAUCUCCAAAUGGCAAAUACUGCCAAAUAUCCCCCAGUCUGCCAUGAUACAUCGCCCAUAUCCACGCCCAUCAUUUAUUGCCACUCCUCCAAAGAAAAUUCAAAAUGAGACUGACAUUCCUAUCAUCAAUACCAUUGCUACUGUUGAGCCUACACCAGUUCCGACCACUGUGCCAGCAGUGAGCACCGUCAUCAUUCCAGAAGCUUCCUCGCAGUUCGCCAACGCCCCUGAGACUACCACAGUCCCAGUUACUCCAACUGUGGUAUAA